CAUCCAGAUCUGUAGUUCAGAGAGACUCAGAUUUGAUCAUUAAAUAAAAUGGCUGAAAAAAUCACUCUUUUGAAAAGUUACCUGAGCUGCCAUGUUUGUUCAGAGACCUUCAGAGAUCCCGUGUCUCUGAGCUGCAACCACAGCUUCUGUUCAAGCUGCCUGCAGCGAUUCUGGGAACAAGCUGGAAACAAGAACUGUCCCAUUUGUAAAAGAAAACCGUCUAAGGAGAAUCCUGAAGUGAAUUUCCAACUGAAGGAACUGGCUGACUCGUUUGCUGAGGUGGUGUGUUGUGAACAUGGAGAAGAGACUAAACUGUUCUGUGAGGACGAGCAGAAAGCUGUGUGUCCUGUCUGUGAGUCCUCUCUCCACCAGAGUCACAAGGUGGUUCCUCUAGAACAAGCAGUCAGGAACCUGAAGGACCAGCUGAGAUCUGACUUGAAGUCUCUGCAGGACAAGAAGAACAAACACCAACAAGUGAAGAAAACAUACAAUGAAGUGAUUCAACUCUCCAAGAAGCAGCUGGUGUCCACAGAGAGGAAGAUCAGAGCAGAGUUCAACAAGCUCCACCAGUUCCUGAGAGAGGAAGAGGAGUCCAGACUGACAGCUCUGAGGGAGGAAGAGGAGCACAAGGGGAAGACUAUCAGCAGAGAGAUGAAGACGAUUGAGGAGCAGAUCUCCUCUCUGUCAGACAGCAUCUCUGCUGUUGAAGAAGACCUGCAGAAACACAAGGUGUCGUUCCUCAGCAGUUAUAAAGCCACUCAGACCAGAGCCAGAGUCCAGAGCUCACUGACAGAUCCACAGCUGCUCUCAGGAGCUCUGAUAGAUGUGGCCAAACACCUGGGCAACCUGUCCUUCAGAGUCUGGGAGAAGAUGAAGGACCAGGUCCACUUCAGUCCUGUCAUUCUGGACCCAAACACUGCAAACUACAGUCUCUAUCUGUCUGAUGAUCUGACCAGUGUGAGACGUGGAGACACAUACCAGCAGCUUCCUGAUAAUCCAGAGAGAUUCACUAACUAUGCCAGUGUUCUGGGCUCUGAGGGCUUCUUCUCAGGGAAACACAGCUGGGAGGUGGAGGUGGGAGACCAUCCUCACUGGGUGUUAGGUUUGGUUAAAGAGUCAGUUGACAGAAAGGGAAAGAUAGGCUCUUCACCAAUAGAUGGAAUCUGGUGUUUAGCUCAUCGCAGUGGAGAAUACACUGAUGGAGUUGGUUUGCCUCUCAGAGUGAAGAAGAGUCUCCAGAAGAUCAGAGUCCAGCUGGACUAUGACAGGGCGGAGGUGUCCUUCUACGACCCUGAAGACAUUAUUCACACCUACACUCACAAAGACACUUUCACUGAGAAACUUUUCCCAUGGUUUUAUAUUGGAAAGUCUGGUGAUCCUAAAACUACUGAAAUCAAAAUCUCUCAAACUGAUGUUUCUCUGUGAUGUUCAGGGAUCUUUGUGGUUUUGAAGGAUUUACUCUGACUUCACUGUGUUGAUAUACUUAAAUACGACUUUAUUAAACUUUCAGAUCCUUCAUUUUUUACACAAAAACCGAUCAUUGUCUAACUAUAGUUUAAUCAAAAUUUAGAAUUUAGUCAAAACAAAAUCUAACAUUUAAUAAAUCAACUAAACAAAAUUCUGUUGUUAAACGUUGUUUGUUUAACUUUAAUCAUCAUUCCACAUAAGAUUUUGUUCAGAUUUGUUCCUCAUCUUUAGCUGAGUGUUUUCCUUUUUUACUUUACAUUAAGUCUUAGAGGUCAGUGGAUCAAUACACAUUUAGAGUUUUAUUUUUUAAUG